AUGCGCAGCAGCUUCUGGCAGGACCUCGCGCGGCCGCUCUAUUGCGUGGCGCCCAUGGCCAACGUGACCGACGCGGCGUUCCGGCGGCUCAUCUGCGACAUCGCCAAGCCGUCCGUCAUGUGGACCGAGUUCGUGAGCUGCGAGGCGCUCACACACGACGCGGACUCGCGCCGCCGCAUGAUGAUGACGCUCAAGUACGCGGAGCAAGAGCGGCCGGUGGUCGCGCAGCUCUUUGGCUCGAAGCCCGCGCAGUUCUACGAGUCGGCUAUGAUCGUACGGGAAUUGGGCUUCGAUGGCAUUGACAUCAACAUGGGGUGUCCAGAGACGACCGUGACGAACCAGGGGAGCGGGGCCGCCUUGAUAUUGCAGCCACAGCUGGCGAGUCAGAUCGUGGCGGCGUGUAAAUGGGGAGCAGGGCCGCUGCCCGUGUCCGUCAAGACGCGCAUUGGGUUCCACCACAUUGAGUACAAGGACUGGGUACGGCGGCUACUAGCGACCGAGAUCGAGGUGCUCACUGUCCACGGACGAACGCGCGAUGAGAUGUCAAAGGUACCGGCACACUGGGACGUCAUUGGGGAGGUGGUUGUGCUGGCGAAAUCGAUCGGCUCGCCUGCGCUGAUACUCGGCAACGGCGACGUCGAGAGUCUCGUGGACGCGCAGCACAAAGUCAACGAAUACGGCGUCGACGGCGUCAUGCUCGGCCGUGCUUUGUUUGGCAACCCCUGGCUGUUCCAGGGGCACCCAGACACGUCGCAUGUGUCAAUGAAAGAAAAGCUGGAGGUGAUCUUGCGCCACACACAGCUUUUCCAGGAACUCUUGGCGGCACCCGGUCUUGUGGGGUUCCCACGCAUGAAAAAGUUCUACGGCUCGUAUCUGAAAGGAGUGCCCAACGCGCGCCAGCUACGUGAUCGUAUGGCUCGCACUCGAAAUGCCCAAGACGUGUACGACGUUAUCGGCGAAGCGCUUGAGCACUUGGUGAUGGACGAGCAACAAGUACAAUGA